AUGCACAGGGCAGUCAUAAUUUGUUGUAUUUUCGCUAGUUUUGCAUUAGUUGGAGCUGAGAAGGACUUUGCGCAAGGGUCAAUCUAUGAAAAAAUAGAAGAAACCAACCAGGAUAGUGAAGAAUCAAAGCCAGAUGUUGGAAGCGAAGUUGCCAUGAUGGAUUCUGGAUCCAGUGAAGACGCGCCAGAUAGUUUCGUUGGUGAAGAUGGAGCAGUAAUCCGUGCGAAACGAUAUUGUGGCUACGGUAAGCAUACGAAAACUAAUCAGGGUCCUGAACUAAUCUGA